CAUUCAAAACAUGCAUAUUAUUCAAACCAACAAACCAACCAGUCAUCGUCCUCCCAAUACAUUGCAAUUGCAACAGCCUCACAAUAUAAAAAGAACGCUUCCUAGCCUCUUAAAACAAUAUACAUACGCAUAGUUUCUGAUAUUGACAUAGCAAAAUCGUCCAUGUAAGGAAAUGAGAACCACGACUAUGGCGGUUGUAGCAAAGGAGCUCAAGCUAGCAGCAGCGAAGGAGCACGAGCUCUCCCCCAAAAGAGACAGGACAUCAUCCAAUUUUGACAAGGAUAUACUUGUCGAGCAGAGCGGAUACAAGAAGCAUUUGCAAGGGGCGUAGAAGACGGUGGUUGCUGCUGGAGGAGGAGGAGACGAUAUUGGAUCUUUCCCUGCUCUUUUAUUUUCAUUUCUUUUCUUCGAUUUCUAAUCAGAAAAUGGCAUUUCCUGCCAAUAGCAUAGGGAAGUACAAGAUUGGCCGGACAAUUGGAGAAGGUAAUUUCGCCAAGGUUAAGCUAGCCGUUGACAGCACCGAUGGCCAAUAUGUUGCAAUCAAGACCAUCGAUAAGAACAAGGUCAUGGAAAGCGAUCUCAAGUACCAGGUAAAAAGAGAAAUAAGAACAAUGAAGCUUCUUCAUCACCCUAACAUCGUACGGAUACAUGAGGUUCUCGGCACGAAGACGAAGAUUUACAUAGUCAUGGAAUAUGUACCAGGAGGACAACUCACAGACAAAAUGUCUUAUUCCAAGAAGCUAGAGGAACGGGAAGCAAGAAGGCUUUUCCAGCAGUUGAUUGAUGCGGUCGACUAUUGCCAUAGCAAAGGGGUAUAUCACCGAGAUCUGAAGCCAGAGAACCUGCUUCUGGAUCAGAAGGGAAAUCUCAAAGUAUCUGAUUUUGGACUAAGUGCACUGCAGAAGCCCGGUGGCACUCUAACCACCGCUUGUGGCUCCCCAAGCUAUGUCGCACCUGAGCUGCUUGCGAAUAAGGGUUAUGAUGGAGCAGCUGCUGAUGUUUGGUCUUGUGGGGUAAUCCUAUUUGAGUUACUUGCUGGUCAUCUACCCUUUGAUGACAGCAACCUGAUAAACUUGUACAAGAAGAUAUGCAGAGCAGAAUACACAUGUCCAGAAUGGUUUACUGAAGACCAAAAGAAACUACUCUCCAGAAUACUUGAUAAAAAUCCUGAAAGUCGAAUGAGCAUACCGGAUAUUGUUGAAGACAAAUGGUUUCAAAAAGAUUAUGUGCCAGCUUGUGGAUAUGAAUGCAAUGAGAAAAUUCACUUGGAGGAUGUUAAUGCUGCUUUUGAUUCGAUUGAGCAGGAGAUUGUCUCAGAGACAAACAAUCCCAACUCCUCAAGUUUCAUAAAUGCCUUCAAGUUAAUUGCCAUGUCACAUGAUCUCGAUUUAUCGGGUCUGUUUGAAGAGAAGAGUGAAUAUAUGCAGACAACAAUGUUUGGAUCCAAGAAUACAAUAAAUGAAACCAUGAAGAAAAUUGAAGCUGCAGCGACAGAUGCGAGUUUGUCAGUAGAAAGAACGAAACAUCAUAAGAUAAAGAUGCAUCCAAAACAAAAGAUGACUAGAUAUUCUAGAUCAUAUCUCGACAUAUCAGCAGAGGUGAUUGAGGUUGCUCCGACUGAUUGUGUAAUAAAAGUAUCAAAAUCUUCAGGGGACCUGCGAGUGUACGAAGAGUUCUGCAAAACUUUAUCAAGUCUGCUGACACAGAAAUCAGGGGUUCCAUCACAAAUGAAGGAUCCAGAGGAAGUUGUAGUUGAUAGCAAAUAUAUCCAUGAGAGUGAAUGCUCUGAGGACAAAAAUUAUAAAGAAAAUAAAGAUCCACGCGGAUAUUCAUCCACUUGAUGAUUAGCUUCUGUGUCUCCAAAAUUCAUCAACCCAGGUUCCUGAUAGAUUCGAAAAGAAGAUGUACAGUGCUUCGCAUAAUCCCAAUGCCUACAACCAAGGGUCCCAAGGAAGAUACUGCACAUGGUUAAGGCUUGGUUAUCUAAAGUAAAAAAUAUGAUUUCCACAGAGCUAUUUGUUUGUUCCAAAUUGUUUGUUGUCUGUUCCCUUCCUAUCUCCAUCUAUCAUGAUGGUAUCUUGUUCAAAGAUGUGUAUCACAGGUUGGAAUUCUUCAUUUCAUUUUCUUUGUAUGUGACAAAUGACAGAGAGAAGGAAUUUUCAGGUGCAACAAGUUUCCCACCCUGAGCCUAUUGA